AUGACCUCUCAAAAUGACGGAGGGAGAAUCAUUUUGAACGUUGGUGGCAUCAAGUAUGAAACAUAUCGAACAACGUUAACAUCAUAUCCAGAUACGUUACUUGGCACCAUGUUUCAGGAGAGAAAUAAAGAACUUCUUAGGCCUAAUGGAAACGAAUACUUCAUUGACAGAAAUGGAAAGGCAUUUCAUUAUAUAAUGGAAUUUUAUCGUACUGGUAAAAUUCUUUGGUUAGGGUCAAACAGUCCUAUAACAAAGCAAGAAUUGAAAAUAGAAAUGGAUUUUUUUCAAAUUCCCUGUUCACCCCGUUCAUUAUCGACAUCGGUAUUACAUCAUAAUUCCUUUCCAACAUCGGAACAAUGCGAGGAAAUGUUACAAGACUUUAUAGAAUCUUUAAAAGCUUGUAUUUAUGAAACAAGUUGGAACUUAAGAAGUUAUAUUAAUAUUUCCUUUUAUUCUUCUUCUCUUAAAAAUAAUAAUCAUGACGUUGCCAGUGAUGUUGUUAAAAGGAUUAUCGGUAUUGAUCCUUAUAUUGAACAAAUUGAAAACAUUUUAGAACCUUUUAGAAUUAGUGGUUAUGAGUUAUUAAAAAAAUUUGAGUUGGAGAUUGAAGAGGAAUUAAAAAAGUCGAUUCAAGAAUUGAAGAAUUUAGAAAUUUCUCAUCAACCAAAGUGGAGUGGUAAGGAUUUUACUAUCUCUCCUUAUUAUAGUGUGACUGUUAAAUUAGAAAAUCCUAUUUAUAAAAACAAAUGA